AAACGCUAAACCAGUAACAAUAACAUUCUGUAGUUGGACCGUCAACACUUCGCUCCACACAAAAAUAAUGAGUUUUGCCGGCAAAGUGGUGAUCGUUACAGGGGCUAGCUCAGGUAUCGGAGCUAGUACAGGAAUACUGUUUAGUCACAGUGGCGCGAACGUCGUACUAGUGGGAAGAAAUGAGAGUAAACUGAAGAAUGUCGCUGAGAAAUGCAACCAAGGAGGUACUUCACCUCUCGUCGUUAAAGCGGACGUUGGCAAUGACAGCGAUGUCGAACGAAUCAUCAAUGAGACAGUAAAAAAAUACGGGAAAUUGGAUAUCCUUGUCAAUAACGCUGGAAUAGUCGUCCGCGGGAGUGUUCUCAAUGGGAACCUCGUCGAAGGCUACGACGAGACCAUGAAAGUUAACGUGCGAGCUGUCAUCAAACUCACAAUUCUUGCUGCACCUUACUUGAUCAAAACAAAAGGUAAUAUCGUUAACGUUUCAAGCAUCGAAGGGAAGAAGCCAUCAAUGAUCAAUCACUUACCAUAUAUGGUGAGCAAAGCCGCCUUGGAUCAUUUCACAAGGGGCGCCGCUUUGGAACUGGCGCCGUUUGGAGUCAGAGUGAACUCUGUAAGUCCAGGACCAGUUAGAACGGAUAUCUUAGAAAAUUCUGGAAUGUCGCCUAGUGUUUCUUGGGAUGAUAUCGCAAAGAUUAUGAUUCUGGACCGUGUGUCGGAUCCCGAGGAGAUAGGGGAAUUGAUCCUGUAUUUAGCCAGUGACAAGGCAAGGGGUAUCAGUGGUUCGGAUUUCGUUAAUGACAACGGUGCUUUAUUGGGAACAAAGGCGAAGCCUAACAUUGAGUAAAUUGUUUUUUUGUGUUAAAUAAAUGUGAUUUUAAUUGUACUCUUCUAUAUUCGAUAAGUCCGCCUUUGUAACAUCUCUAUCUGUUUUGUACCUAUGUUUUACUCUUAUGGUGCAAUAAAGAUUUUUAUCUAUCUA